AUGCCCCUUCUUGAUAUUGUUGGCUGCACAGGAACCAAUAAGACAUUCUGGGUCGGAUUUGGCUUCAUGAAAAAUAAAAAGGAGAAGUCUUAUUCAUUUAUUCUUAAAAGCCUUGAGCAGGUAAUCUUCCGUAUGGGGCUAGGGCAUCCAAAAAUAAUCAUUACUAACAAAGAUCAGGCCCUAAUGGGUGCUAUUGAAGCUAUAUUUCCAUAUACACGAAAUAUCUUAUGCAUUUGGCACAUCCAAAAGAAUCUGAUGGUUAAGUGUCGGCCAGCUCUACGCCAGGAAGUCAUUCGAAUCGAUUAUGAGGGCAAGGGUAUGAAAAGCACCCUAGUUGAUGAAUUUAAAGAGAAGGUUGAAGCUCAUUGGGUCGCUUUUUGGCAGGACUUUAUAAAACUCGUCAAUGCAUAUACUGAGGAAGAGAAAGAUGCUGAGUGGAAUAAUUUCAGGGCUAAAUACAGCCAUAAUAUGUGGGACACGGUCUUUGAAUAUAUCAAGAAAGAAUGGCUUCAGGAAGAUACGGCAAAACACUUUUUAAAAUGCUAUACCAAUGAGUAUCUGCAUCUCAACAAGCAAGCAAGCUUACAGGUUGAAGGUGCCCAUUGGAUUAUUAAACGUGACCUUGGAACUUCCACAAUGGAUCUACUUGGAGCCACACUAUCAAUUGAAAUGACAAUUGAAAAACAACACCAAAAAAUAUGGCAGGAAAUUGAGGAUGAGCGCGUCCGAAUAAAGAUAGAUUUCAAGAACCUGUGGCUUUUUAAGCAUGUUUUGAAGAAGGUCUCAAGUCAUGCACUGAAAAUAAUCCAUAGUAUCUUUGAAAGAUACCUCCCGGAGAGCGCCCCUGAUAAAAAGCCAAUUAAGCCCUGCACGGGUGUGACUCGACGGACUCUAGGGAUUCCUUGCAUCCACAUAAUCAAGGAAUACUAUGAGGCUGACACAUCGAUUGAGCUUUUUGAAUUCUGUCCACAUUGGCGGCUGCAUACCGACGAAAACCUUUCUCCUGUGGAUCCACGAGAAUUAGUCCUGGAGCCAGAAGUAAUCAGACCACGUGGCCGUCCUCCUGGUGUAAUUAACUGGCCAACUACAAGCGAGCAGAGCCACCGAGGACGAGGAAGUGGCCACGUACGUGGUAGCCGUGGAGGAGGACAGGCAAGGAGUGGGCGUGGAGCAAGACAACGAGGUUGUGGUAGUUAUGGAGGAGGACAGGCGGGUCGUGGGCGUGGAGGAAGACAGCAGGGUGGCGAAUGUGGUAGCGGCUCUGCAGGCACUAGUGAAGUUAGCACUCAAAGUCAUGAGAAUGAUGAUAAUGAAAUUAGUGAGAACAGGGAUGAUAAGACCAACGAGAAUCAGAUCAGAAGAAGCAAGCGACGUGGCCGUGGCCAGCCAGCGCCAUGGCUAGGCGAUGAGAAUGAGUAA